UUCAUGUUUGAUAGAGUGUUAAGUUGCAGGAUAAAAUAAAAUUCCUGCAUAGUUUGCCAGUGAAAUACAAGAAUAGAGUUACAGUAAUAAGACAAUUUGGCGUCACAAAUGAGAAGUGGUGCAAGUGAGGUUUGUGUACAUUGUACCCUCAAAAUAUGUCUUCUCUACCCAGCCAACCUACAUGUAUGGGCUUAGUCUGUGUUUAGUUCCAGGUACUAGAGAACUUCUUACAUGAAUUUGGUCGGUUGAGUUCUAUACAAAGAGAACUAGCCAACAUGUAUGCCUGUUUGGGUUUUGCACCAGGAUGUUGCAUGUAAUUAAGGUGCCAAGAGGAAUGAGGUGAGCCCAAGGCUAAAGGGCAACUUGUUUUGAUUGACUAUUCUGGGAUCGUUAUUCUUACCAAAGGAAGUGACUGGGUGAUUCAUGGGUUGGCAAAUAUGCAUGAAGUCAAAUCAAAAGCAACAACUUAAUAACCAGGGGUGAAGUCUUUAUAGGAAAAUCCCAAACAAGAUCAAGCCAUAUUGACCCAGCAAUAGCGAGGUCAAUACAGCAAGGCCAAGAUUUGAGAUUUUCCCAUAAACACCAAAUGUUCAAGGUUAAUGUGUUAUUUAUUAUAUGGCUUUUCACCUUGUUUUUACAGGCCUGUAAUCAGCUGUUGGGCAUUAUGAGAGAAUAAUGCCCUAGAAAUAAACCAAUCAGAGCACAUGUUCUAUUCAUUACAAACACAAGCCAUGUAAUAAUGUUGAAUAUUAUUUGUCACACUGUUGUUUGGUUUUAGUGCAAAAAUAGAAGAAAAAAGAAAACGAGAAGAAGAAAAGAGAAAUGUAGAGGAAGAACAGGAAAGAAAGCGACUCAAGACCAAAGAAAAUUUUGUCAGUUUCUUUACCAAGACCUCUACUUUACCACCAAAGACCACAUCAAUAGAGACCAGCACUCAAUUCGAGCCAUUUGUUCAUCGAUUCAAACCAUUUGAGCCCAAAAAGGGAAUGAGCCUUGCUCCAGAGAUACGCAAACAAUUAUCACUUGAAACAAAAAGACUCUUAGAUGAAGGACUACGACACCAGGAGGGCUACAAGCCAUAUCUGAAGGAGCUAGAGAAGAGAAAACCAAUAACUAAGUACACAAAAAGAAGACUUACUAUUAUUGAAGAACAACCCAGAUGUGACUCAGAUGAAAAGAUGCCUGAAGGGACUAUAGUUAUCGAUUAUGAGAACAGUAAUUCAAGUAUUGAAAUCAUUGAGAAAAAGAACAAUCUAUCUUUCUCUGUGGGCCUGAAGUGCAAGCUGCUUCAGUUCCACAAAAACUACAGGCCAGCUUAUUAUGGUACAUGGAGAAAGAGGAGCAAGCAAAUAUCUCCAAAGAACCCAUUCAAAAAGGACACGGACUUACUUGAUUAUGAGGUGGAUAGUGAUGAUGAAUGGGAAGAGGAAGAACCUGGGGAGAGUCUGUCAAACAGUGAGGGAGAAGAUGAAGCUGAUGGUGAUGAUGACAAUAAUGAUGAUGAUGAUGGAUUCUUUGUUCCUCAUGGCUACUUAUCAGAUGACGAGGGAGUGGAGGAUGGAGAGGAGGAUGAUUGUGGAGAAAAUGAAGAGAAUAAGGAUAAGAAUUGUGAAAAUAAAAAAGAUCAGCAGCUUGCAAAAGCUAAGGCCUGGGAAGCAGCGAUGAAAAGGAAGUGCAAACCCAUGAAGCCUGUGACACUGGGAUGUCUGUGGUUAGAGGAUGCAGCAUUGAACCUUACACUUAAACAAUUUGCUGCCUGCUUACUCGUUGAUGAGCCAAUAAAUGUUGAGAGCUCAUCAUCUACUAGCAGCAGGAGUAAUGAGGUGGUCCCUGGUGAUACAUUUAGUAGUACAAGUACUAGUGGAGCUCUCUAUGUACCAGAUGAAGCUAUGCCUGAUCUUAUCAAGUUAGUUCACGGCAACACAGCAGGUCUUAACAAGAUCAUGAGCCAGUUCAGAAAGCAGUGGACAGCAAAAUGUUUGGGACGAGCUGUCACUGAUGAAGAAGUUGACGAGAAAAGUCCUAUAUCCAAACGACAACUAGAGAAGCGAAUACAAAAUAUUGCUACUAAAGAAAGAAGAAGUGAUCGACUUCGUUGGUAUGUUCACAGUCACAUCUUGGCAUCAUUUGGUCUAGAGAAUUUAUUGGUGGUAGAUGCGGUUAAUUAUAAUAGCUCAGAUGCAUCCACAGAAACUGCAAAGUUUCCCAUUGGUCUUCACACAAAUACUCCAAGCAUCACUCAGUUUACCAGGCCAGUUUCUCCAGCACUUGACAACAGAGGUUUGAGUUCUGAACUUAAAAACCACAUCCCAGAGAUUAAACCAUCUAGAGCUCCUUGUAACUCAACUUCACCAAAUAUGGAAGUAGAAAGCAGAGGCUCAUCGUUUCAUGGCACUGACAUGUCAGGCUGUUCCAAUGGUGCAAAUUCUCACUUGUUUGUAGAAAGUAAAUCUCAAAGCAAAAACACUUCACAAUUGUGCAAUAAACCAGGCUUAAUUCAAGCCAUGAUGACAGGCACAGACAAAAAUUCUUCUGGAAUGGCUUUUGAAACUGUAUGUAAAGACUGAUAUGUGAAUUAGUUAUUCUCAUAAAGUUGUGUUCAUAUUGUAAAAUAACACCAAUUUUGACACAGAAUACAGGGUGUAUAUGUCUGCUCCAAUGGUAGAAGAAAUUUAGUGGGUUACAGUUGGAAAUCUGGAGUAGUCCAGAGUACCAUGAAGCCUAGAACUAUCCUCAAGAAUAAUGUUAAAAUUUCACUCGGGCAUCAUGUAUUUUAAACAAUGUUGAACUCUUUCACCUAUUUCCAAGUUGCUUUUUCCACCAUCUCAAGACAGUUUCUUGUACCAAACUUUCAAUAUGAGAAUGAGUUUGCAGUGUGCUGUUGAAAUACAUUUUCUUACGAGUGGUUUUGUACUAAUUGUGACACAAGUAAAGCCAACUAGAAUAUACUGUGUACCACUUUUAUUUUGCCGGGUUUAAUUUUUCUGGAUUUUGCAGAUGGUACUUGAUCCGCAAAAAUAAGUUCCAGCAGAAAAAAAA